AUGGCUACCCCUAGUGUCCUAGCUUUUGACGCUGAGGGUCGCGCCAUUGAUUUUGAGGUCUGGUUAGACGACCUGCAGCUGUUCUUACAGUGCGACAGGGCUGACGACCUUUCUCUCUUUGACCUCACCUCUGGCGCCUCUCCUGCUCCUGCUGCUGAUGCUGAUCCCACUGUCCGCUCUCAGUGGGCCACCCGCGAUGCUGCUGGCACUUGCGCGCUACUCCUCCCCUGCCACUGCUGCACUGAGCCGUCUCAUGCUUCCCUACCUCUUUCUGACCUCUCUGCCUUUCCCACUGUUACUGACCUCAUUACGCACCUCCGCACUAGUGACACUCGCUACCGCGCCGCCCUUCCUGCUGAGUUCUGCGCUAAGAACCCACCCCCCAUGUACAUCGCUCUCUACUACGUAGUCGCGCGCCUCCCUGACUCCCUUCGCGUCGUCAGGGACCACUUUCUCGCAGUCUGUCCCACCACCCUCACCGUCGACCUCCUCGAGAAGGCCCUCCUCGCAGCGGAGAAGAGCAUAGUCGCUGUAGGUGCUUCUCGUGGUGACCCUCGCACCCCCAUCUUUGAGGGGUGCUCUCCUUCCCCCUUGCUGCCCUCUGUUGCCUCUGCUGCUGCUGCGCCGACCUGCUUGGUCUUGAGUCGGUCGGCGCGGCGUCUACCCCUAGUGGGAGACGCCGCUCCAGCAAGGGCAAAGGGGGGCAAGGGCGCGGGUGGAGCUGGAGGGGGCGGUGGGCGGUGGCGGCGGUGGCGGCGGAGGGAGUGGGGUGGCGGCGGGACUAGUGGCGGGGGUGGUGGUGGUGGUGGCAGCAGCGGCGGAGACGGUGGUGGUGGUGCCAGCGGUGGUGGUGGAGGCAGCGGCGGAGGUGGAGGCAGCGGAGGUGGAGGCGGUGGAGGCGGCAGCGGAGGAGGCGGUGGUGGUGGAGGAGGUGGAGCUGGUCGGGGUGGUACCCAGCUGCGUAGCGGCGGUGGUGGUGGCCAGCGCUCGCAGCGGCAGCAGCAGCAGCGCUCGCGGGACAUCCCUCCGCCUCAGCAGCUUCGUGAGUGUACGCUGGGCGUCAGAGGGGUGGGGGUACGGGUCCCUGCACCUACGUUCUUCGUUCCGGCGACCGCGCAG